AUGUCAUUUGGUGGUAUUAAUACAUUCCAACAGUAUUCAAAUGAUUAUGGAAUGGGUAAUAAUGGUGUGAAAAUCACCUUUAAUUAUUUUGACGGUCUACCUGAUCCAAAUUUAUUAAAUGCUUUGAAUUCUAAUGAUCUAAAAUUAAUAUUUAAAUCUCUUAUGAAAAGAGAUGACGUGACCAAGGAAAAGGCUGUAACUGAUUUAUUUGGUAUCCUUACAGAAACAGAUCACAAAUUAGAGAUGUUUGAUGAUAUCUUUCUAUUAUGCUGGUCUCAAAUUUAUGCAAAAUUAAUUAUUAAUGAGUCCAAAUCAAUCCGAUGCCUAAGUAAUUCAAUUACAAUUAUGUUGAUUAAACAGUUAAAUAAAAAAAUUGGGAAAUUUUUAAAAGAUUUUAUUCCCCUCGUAUUAAUGGGAACUUGUGAUACGGAUUUAUAUGUGAGCAAAAAGUGUACAAAAGAACUCUUGAAUUGUUUUAACAAUGAUACUAAGAAGAUUGAUAUGCUAUGGACUAUGUUCUAUGAGCAAAUUUUAAACUUAUGUAAACAAGUUAUUGUGAUUGAAGAAAUUGAUACAUUAUCUGAUGAACGUUAUGUUAAAAAGGAAGAAGCAACCUUCAAAUAUAAUAGAAUAUUAUUGGAAUCUGUUCAUUUAAUAAUUUUAUUAUUACAGUCAAAUCCAAAAGGAAUAGAAGAUUUUACCGAGAUUUACCAUGAUAUAUUAAAUGAAGAAUCUUUAUGGGGAAAUAUUAGUUUAAGUUCUGCUCAAAACACCAAGUUAUUAGAUAAGUUAUUGAAUUUAGUUAGAAUCCUCUACAAUAACCAAUAUUUGCUGAAGAAUACAGAUAUUUUAAAAACUAUUGUUAGGAGAAUAUUUAAAAUUAUGCGUCAAAUUUCUUCAAAGAAUAUUUUGAGUUUUAAUUCUGUUGUACCAUCUAUUAUAAAUACAGUUUCAUUAUUAAGCGACUAUAAAAAUGGAAAAUUAUGGUCUUAUGAUAAAAAGUCAAAGAUUAGUAUACUGAAUUUACUAUCUGUAGCUAUAUAUCAACCAGUUCCAAAUCUUUAUGCAUCAAUGAAUAAAUUAUUCAAUAAAAUAACAGCAUACGAAUUAUUUGAUUUUUCAACAGAAUUACUGCCUAUCUGGCAAGAAGCAUUAACAGUAUUGAAUACAAAAUCCUUUUUGGGUAAAUAUUGUUCUCAGUUGAUUCAGGAAUUUUGGAGAAAUUAUAUAUCAUUUCUUGAAAAUUCUCCAGAUGAUUUGCAACAAAAAAUCAUAAAUGAUGGUAUUUUUGCCACUCUAAAAAGUAAGGUAUCCUUAUGUCAAUCACAUGAGCUGUGUAAACUAUUUUCUCAGUAUUGUGGACUAUUUGAACUAGAAAAUAAUAUAAAAUUGAUUUGUGAUCCCAAAAGAUCUAUGAAUGAAGAAGAUUUUAAAGGGGAAGAAAAUUACUUAACUAAUAUGAUGGUUCUACUUUCAAAUGUUCCAGCAAAUGAACAGACUAUUACUGACUUAGCAAAUUGGGCAUUGGAUACAAUUUCCAAUGACAAUUCUACAAUUUUUAUGGAGAAUCAACAUAUCUUAAAUUUAUUUAUUUUUGUUAUUGAUACCAAUAAUACUAUUUUAAAAAACGAAAUCUCAAGAUUAAUUUAUGAGCUGCCUCUAUGGUUGGAAAAUUCAACAUUUGAUGUAUUAGCAAAUGUAAUUAUCAAGUAUUCUAAUUCAAAGUUCAUUGAUUUGAAUGAAGAAUGGUUGAAUAAUUUACAAGAUUUUUUUACUUCUGCUUUAUCUCUUGAUAUUUCAAAAUCUAAAAUCAUUGAUCUUUUAGAUCAAUUAAAUCCAGAUAAAUUAAGAGACUUCCUGGCAUCCUCAAAUGGUUUAGAAGUUAAUUUUUUUAUAUCAUCUUAUCUAAAAUCCUACUGUUUCAAAGAUAAUGGUGCAUUUUUAAAGAGUCAUCUAUUCAAAAUUAAUUAUGUUCCACAGUUGUAUACUAAUACCAAACAUAAUAAUAGGUUGGAUAUAUUAUACAACAUUUUUCCUCAGCUAAAAAAAGCUAUUCAGAUUGCCUUCUUAACUGCAACAACUUUCUUCACCGAUAUACUAUUGGAAAAUGUAUUAGAGACCCAUGAGGAUAUUAAAAAUACAAUUUUGCUACUUUCAAAGAAUGAUGAUAACAUAGCACAAGUACUAGCCAAUGGCAUUAUGGAUUUUGUUGGUUAUUCAAGUAUUGAUUCUAAAUUUAUUCAGUUUACCUUUGAGUUGAUAAACAACAAUAUUUCAAUUUUAGAUACUAUAAUUCCUGAAAAUUUAGGCGAUGUUUUCUUCAAAAAAGUUUCUUUUAUAGAUUAUAGAUGUUCUCUAAGCAAUCCAUUGGGUUCUAAUUUAUUUCUGCUUCCUGUUAAUACAAAAUCUUUUGAUCUUUCAGAAAUAAGAAGCUUGCUUAAUUAUGGGUUAUUUUUAGAUAGGAUCAUGGCGCAGUUUUCAGAAUAUUUAGACGAUAAUUGUAUUGUAUUUCUAUCUUUAAUAGUUGAAUUAGCAAUCGAUUAUAAUUACAUUUGUGAAAUUGCUGACGAUACUUUUUAUGAUAUUAAAAAUACUGUUUUUAAAGCGGAUCAUACUUUGUUUGAUUUUAGUGAAAUGUUAGAAAAAAUGGUUGUUGGACCUAGUGAUGGUAAUAAUGUUAUUUUGAAUUGUCUUAUAAAAGAAGCAAAUCCGGUUCUAGCUUAUUAUAAGUCUAGAAUAAUCCAUCGACUAUUAAUGAAUUCAUUGGAUUUGGUUUCCCCAUCCGCACUAGCAAGUAAAAUUCCACUAAUAGAAAAAUACGUAAGUUCAGUUAUUAGAGGUAAAGAAUCUACAGAUUCAAUGUAUUUGCAUUCUGCAGUAAUUUUAUCAGUUGUAAAUAAUUAUGCAGUGGAUGAUUCAUUAAUAAAGUUGAGAACAUUACUAUCCUCCGAGUGUAUUGGAGUAAGACCUUCAGAGUUGGUUAAUAAGAGUUAUAAAAUAUUAUUAUUAUUGAAUAAUUUAUUGGAGUUCCAAGAAACUGAUACCAACGAGUCAUUUAUGCCCAUUGCUCCCCAGAGAUUAACUAUUAUUUUAAAAACUAUUAAUCAAUGGUUAGAUAGUGAGAUUGCUUAUGAUGAUGAGUUUUUAACUUUAAGAAUUGGACUGUUAAGAUUCUUUAGUUGUAUUUUAUCAAUUCCUCAAAUUAGAACUAUAGGAGACAUUAUAAACAAUAUUGCUAUUAGAUUGUUGACAGAUUCGAUAAGUAUGUGCCAAAUAGAUGAAACUUUGCUUUUGUUCCAUCUUCGCUUGGAAUGUUUACACUUAAAUGACAUUAUGUCCAAAUUUAAUUUAAUAACCGAAAAUGAGACAAUUGAAGAGUUAGCUAACAUGCUUUCAGAAAUGGCUAUGCAUACCUACCACAAUGAACAAAACAACCAAAUAUCUCGUUCGUUUUACAGCUCUCUUACAAAACAGCUCUUAUCAAUAAAAUCAAAAUAUUUAUUAACCUUAUAUAGUCAGUUUUUCGCUGGUUAUAUGGGACAAAACAUAAAUCAAAAUGUAAAUCAAAAACGACUUUUGAUGACUUUAUUACUAAGGCUCAUCUACGAAAAACAACAAGAAAAAGUCAUCGAAUUUGAAUUACAGAAACAAUCUGUAUCUCAAUCGACAGAUGAAAUGCUUGAGCAUCAUGAGGAAGUGGAGGAAGAAAAGAAAGAAAAUAUGAAUGAGUAUAAAAUACCAACUGAAUUGAUUAAUUCUUUACAUCAAAAUAUUCCUACAGAGUAUUUAGAAUAUGAUAAUGAAUACGAUUUCAUUAAGUACUUAUGGGACUGGGUGCUUACAUUAACAUACUUUAAAGAUGUAUCUUAUAAAAUGCGUCAAAUAUAUAUUGAUCAACUUAAAGAUCAUGACUUAAUAAAAAAAAUGUUUGAUUUUAUAACGGAGCAAAUCAACUUUGAGGAUAAAGACUUUUGGAAGGAUAUAUCAGAAUCUGAUAUAAGACAAUAUGAUCCAAGUAACAACGAUUUUUCUCCUUAUAAAGAUGAUAUUACCUUAGAGUGUCAUAAAUUACUAAGUUAUUUACUUUAUGAAUUGUUUAAUAAUGUUGGGUCAUUAACAAGCAAUUGGUUCUUAAAUAUUCGUAGUAGAUCAGAACAACAAGCCAUUGAAAAAUUUGUAUCUACCAAAAUUUCACCCAUUUUGAUAAAAGAUGAAUUAGAUAAGGUGGAGAAAAAGCUAGAUUAUUUGACUUCAAAAGAUGAUGAUUUGACAAUUAAAAUCAAUCGUAUCACCAACGAAACUAAAGCAAGCUAUUUAAUUGAUGAACAAAAGUUAGAACUGGCCUUUAAAUUGCCUUCUAACUACCCAUUAUCAAAUAUUCAAGUAAUCGGCGUCUCUCGUGUCGGCAUAAGUGAACAGAAAUGGAAACAGUGGAUAAUGUCAACUCAGCAUGUUAUUACGGGUAUGAAUGGCUCUGUGUUAGAUUCUCUGGAAUUAUUUACAAAAAAUGUUCAUUUACAAUUUUCAGGAUUUGAAGAAUGUGCUAUCUGUUAUUCUAUAUUACAUGCGGUAGAUAGAAAGCUGCCAAAUAAGACUUGUCCAACUUGUAAGAACAGAUUCCACGGUGCAUGUCUUUACAAAUGGUUUAGAUCUUCUGGUAAUAACACUUGUCCAUUGUGUCGUACUGAGAUCGCUUUUAGAAGAUAA